GUAGCCCAUCAAUUAAUGCCUAUAAAUGAAGGUAUUUCCACACUUGAACAAGCAGUGUGGGAAGCACGAUCGAACUCAUACUCUUUCCAAAUGGCUUCCUCCUCCUCCUCCUCCUCCUCCUCAGCCUAUGUGAUCCUGCUUCUUCUGUUCUUAUCCUUCAUUGCCAGUACUCCUUCAGAGGCAGCUUAUAAUUACCCUCCCAUAGUAAACGGCCUCUCCUUCUCCUUUUACAAGUCAACCUGCCCCCAAGUAGAGCCCCUCGUCAGGGACUACAUAAAACAAGCUAUCAAGAAUAACAUCGGCCUAGCAGCUGCGCUCCUCCGCCUUCACUUCCAUGAUUGCUUUGUCCAGGGGUGUGACGGGUCAAUACUGCUUGAUGGUUCUGCCGGCGGCCCGAGCGAGAAAGAUGCUCCGCCUAACUUGACGCUCCGACCGGCAGCCUUCAAAGCCAUCAAUGAUAUCCAAGCUUUUGUAACGAAGGCUUGUGGGUCUGUCGUCUCCUGUGCUGACAUUGCUGCUCUAUCUGCUCGUGACUCCGUCUUUUUGUCGGGUGGGCCAGAUUACCUCGUGCCCCUCGGCCGACGUGACGGGUUGACCUUCGCCACCAGGGACGCCGUCCUCAAAUUUCUGCCAUCCCCCGACUCCAACGUCUCCUUCCUCAUCGACUCCCUCGCCCAGCUCGACCUAAACACCAUCGACCUCGUCACCCUCUCCGGCGGCCACAGCAUCGGCCUCGCACACUGCUCCUCCUUCCAGAAACGCCUCUUCCCCUCGCAAGACGCCACCCUCAACCCCACCUUCGCCAGCAACCUCUACCUGACGUGCCCCGUCGUGGACACCGUCAACACCACCGUCAACGACAUCCGCACGCCGGACCUUUUCGACAACAAGUAUUACGUGGACCUGGUGUGCCGGGAGGGGCUGUUCACCUCGGAUCAGGGUCUGUACGAGGAUUCCAGGACGAAGCCCAUCGUCACGAGCUUCGCGAGCAACCAGGCUCUGUUCUUUGACAGCUUCGUCUACUCGAUGACCAAAAUGGGGCAGCUAAGCGUGUUGACCGGGAACAAAGGCGAGAUCCGCCGGAAUUGCUCCGCCAUCAACUCAGGCAAGGACUUCUUAGGCUCGGUGGUCGAUAUUGGGGAUGACAGCAAGGCCUUCUAAGUAGACAUGGAGUGUAUCUUGCGAGCGAGAAAUAAAGGUGUUGUAACUGGUGCAGAUAUAUACAUGCGGCCUUUUGAAUUGCACCUUUUAUCCUUGUCCAAUAAAUGCUUUAUAUAAUAAUGAAUAUUAAGUCCAAA